AUGGAUAAUGUCUCCAUUCAACUUGGUAAUCUAACCUGGCCUGACAGAUCGUUUCUUCCACGUGCUGUGGAUAUUAGUCAAGAUCUAUUCGUUGUAGUACUUGGCUUUGUGGGUGAUCCGAGUAGCAACUAUACUCCAUGUGCUUAUCUUCUAAGUAGAUCUGGUUCAAAUUUCACUGUACAUGAUACAUGGAUGUACAUGCCACCAACGGCUACCUCGUGGCAAGCAAGUCUUACGAACUGGGACGCCGAUAUCUAUUUAGCCAAACACGAUAUGUCAGUAAGCAUCAAUGACGCCAAAAGUCAAGUUCUACUCGGAAUUCAAAUAACAAAUACUAUUAUAUUGCUAGAUAUCAAUCGAACUACUCUAAAAUUCAUCUUACCAUCGCAAUCACU